AUGGAUGUUGCAUUGUUGGCGUGUGCCAAGGAACUGAAUAUUGAAGCCAGCUGUAGCUCAGAGCUGUUAUCUUUGUUAUGUUACAUCAGAGGAAUCAUUCAGCGCUGCACAGCUGUGAAAUAUCACUACACUUCAUCUUCCCUGCCAAGGAACCUGCCAGUGAAUAUUACCAACACAAUCCGCCAGGAUGAGUGGCAUGCCCUUCAUCUGCGGAGAAUGACAGCCGGCUUCAUUGGUAUGGCAGUCUCCAUCAUCCUGUUUGGAUGGAUCAUUGGCAUGUUGGGUUGCUGUAAACAGCAUGAGCUCAUGCAGUAUGUAGCUGGGCUGCUCUUCCUUAUGGGAGGUACCUGCUGCAUCAUCUCCCUUUGCACUUGUGUGGCUGGGAUAAACUUUGAGCUAUCUCGUUACCCUCGCUAUGUCUACGGGUUACCAGAAGACAUCAGUCAUGGCUACGGCUGGUCCAUGUUCUGUGCCUGGGGAGGCCUGGGGCUGACCCUUCUGGCAGGAUUCUUAUGCACACUGGCUCCUUCUCUCAAUAGCCCUCGGACUGUGGUACAGAAACCCAGACAGGAAAACGGUGCUGUGUGAUGAGAAGAACACAACUAAUUCUAGCAAGCACAGUCCAGAACUAGGCUACUGCAGUGGGGGUAUCUGAGAUUCACCAGGCAAGGGUGAGCCCCACUGUGGAACAAACUAAGGGGUUCAAUAGCCUUGGCAAAGUCUUGGGAGACCACCGCCCUCCAAUUCUUCAGUCUGCCUGUCUCUGUUAAAAACAAACCAAUCAGGUUCAUUCAUAUUCCUGAUUUGCCUCAAAGGGUUUUCUGUUAUAUAGGGUGUGUUGCUGUAGGAUCUAUGUACCAUUUAAACGGAAUCAGAUUUCUGCUAGGAGAAGCCACUGUGAAUUCCAUUUGGUGUCCAAUGCCUUCAAAGGAACUCCGUUUCCGAGAACUCUUGAGGACCAGUCGGAGGUGAUGACCAAAGGGAAAUCUCUUCACUCUCAGUAUUGAUUUUCCUCUGCAGCAGAGACCUGAUGCUAUCUGGGUUUAAUAUAGCCAACUGCAUUGAAGCCACAUGUGAUAUCAGCUUACUUUGAGGGGGGGCGGCUAUUGUCAUCCAGACAGGGAGGAUAGAAAGUUCUUCCUCUGAACCACUCAGUAUCUGAAUUUUGUCAGUUCUGGAAGCCAAAUAUGCAUACCAGCUCACAGUGAAGUUUUUGGGUUAAUAUGUAGGAUGCUAGGGUAUACCACUAAUCUUCAGAAGUUUGCAGAAUUCCUCCACAAGGGGGCAGACUUCAGCAAAAUAAAGUUUGUCAACACUGUCUUAAGUGAUUCAAUCUUACAGGCAGACAUGGGUUUGUGUGUACCUGAUCAGAUCACUUACUGCUUUGGAUAUUCCUCAAUGUCAGGUUGAAGCCACAUCUUCAUUAAUGGGACAAUCCCAAAGGUUGCAAGCUGAAGCCAAAAUGACCCCGAGGCUGGGAUUUCAGAAACAAUGCAACCACUGUAAUAGGCAAAUUGAAAUUUGUUACCUGUUUCAAGUCCUUCCAGACUGAGUGUUGUAGAAAUUUUACCUUGGCAGAUGAGCACACAAACUGAAAAACCCAACAGUUCCUUGGUACCAACCUCUUGUAAGAGAAAAUGAAGCAUUCUUAAAAGAGGGGCUUGCCCUAGGCAUAUAAACAAGAGCUGGAUCUAAACUCAGGAACAUCAAUUAUGGUGCUGAGAGGAAGGACUGGUCUUUCCUCGCUGUAUUCCUUUUCUGUCUCCCUAAAAGACUGCACAGAAGCUUUCACUAGAGGGCUGUUUACAUUGUAUUUUUAAGUGGCAUGUAAUUAAUUACUCUGUGCUGAAGUCAAUGUAUUCAUGGAAAGUGUGGUUUUUAAAUGGAAAUUGUACGUUUCAAAAAGCAUUAAAUUAAAAGGCUUGGUUACAGUGACAGAAUGG